GCCCUGUCAAUAGAGGAAAAACAGAGGAUAAUCUGCUUUGUUUACAGCCAUCCUGUGUGGCAAUUUGUGAAAAGUUUUUCUCACUUGAGUCUGCAAAGCUGAAUUCCUCCCCGCCAGAGACCACGGAAGCCGCAAUCUCAUCGGGCGGCGAUAGCAAAGGCCGCGUCCACUACCAUUACUACCGCAAGAUGAACUCGAUGCCGAACCAUGCGGACUUUAUGGAGCUGGGUACAAUCCACCAGCACCAGCCCACCUGCAAGCAGCACUGCUUCGUGUUCACCGAGAUUGCGGACAUAGAUCUACCACCGGAGAUCACCAAGUACCCGGAGAAGAUCAAGAAUGGUAGCAUUCACUCGUACAAGAAGGACAGCAUGUCGCCACCACCGCCGAAGGUGCCAAACACCAGGCGCUCGAGGAAGAUAAUCGCUGCGGUUUCUGCGUUGUUGGUUUGCAUUGCACUGGCAGCUGGCAUCCCGCUGGGACUUCAGCUAAGAUCUUCCUCACUGCUGGAAGCUCGAUUAGCUUUCAUCCGGCGACUUCUGGUGGAGUCACCACUGGUAGAAGGUUACUGGGCACCACAAAUGGGCGCGAAUUUCAGCAAGAGCUACGCCGAGAUCAAGAACAGUAUGGUGGGGGCUUUGCUGUGGCCCAUUUCAGUUCCCUGUGCCGCGCAAUAUCUGGACGCCGUACAGCUGACGUUGGAAGGUAUCGACGAUGCUAGGAGGAUGGUUAAGAAAAAUCCCGAUAUGGUUAUUGUGGAAAGUGCAGAUGCCAUGGAGCAAGCCCACACCGAUGGUAAGUUGGCGAUACUAUUUGGGCUGGAAGGUGGCCACACGCUGGGAUCGAGUUUGGCCGUGCUUCGUUCGAUGUAUUCACUUGGUGCUAGAUUCGUAUCGUUAACUGGGAUAGGCUGCACAACUCCAUGGGCUAGUGCAUCCAUUAGAACGGAUUUCUUCGAUGAAAAUCUUCCAUCCACGUUGACCAAUUUUGGUGAGGUUGUUAUUCAGGAAAUGAAUCGCCUCGGCAUGCUGGUCGAGAUUUCACGACUCUCCGAACCUGCAAUGAUGGUGGCGCUGAAUGUCGCCAAAGCACCUCUGCUACUGUCAAAUGCACUUCCUUCCUCGAUGGCUUGUAAUGGCUCGACCGCAGCUGUACCGGAUCAUAUAAUGAGCGCCCUCUCGCAAAACGGAGGAGUUCUCAUGUUGAACGUUGAACGAUGUGGCGAUAAACCGAUGACUCUGAAGGACGCCAUUACUGCCAUCAACUACAUUCGGGUAAUCGCAGGGGUUGACCACUUGGGACUGAGUGGCUCACCGAAGAACUACCCUCUGCUGCUAGCGGAGUUGGCUCGAGAUAGAUUGUGGGGCUCGGCUGCAAUCAAGAAGUUGGUUGGGGGAAACAUUGUUCGAGUACUGAGAGAGGUUGAAAUGAACAAGAAUCGUCUUCCCCUGUCUGAAGACUGGAUACCGCUUGAGGCUGUCGAAGGGAAUGCGUACUGUCGUUAUCCGGAAACGUAAAUCAGUCACGUAUCAAAUAUCUAACUCUAUCGAGUGGCACGCACAUUGCAUCCGGCGGAUCUGAUACGAUACGAUUAAUCUGACAGUCUAACAAUAGAUCUAGCUGUCACUUUGCCGCAACGGAUCAAAUCUGCCACCAUAAAACUGAAAAAAAAAGUUUUUCCAAUCGAGCAAAGCAGUGAAUUUUGACGGUUCGAUAGGGUUCGAUUGGAACAAUUUUUGACAGACGUUCAUACUUUUACUUAGUCUGUAUCCCAAUUGGUGAGUUAAAUUUAACUCGUGGCGUGGUUAAAAGUGACAUGGGAAGUUAUCGAAUAACCGUGCUAUCUAUAGCCGGGGCCGGUGGUGUAGUAGUAAACGUAAAAGCUUUCUCACCCCAAUGGGUCUGCGUUCAAUCCCAGCCGAGGUUGGUGGAAGUUUUACUGAGGCAUAAAAAUCUCUGGUCACGUCUUCGUUCGGAAGGGAAGUAAAACCGUUGGUCCUGGCCCAUGUGUUUUGAAUGGGUGUGGUAGCUGCCUUCCUGCACAUUCCAUUACCGUCAAUGGAUGGCAAUCGAUGUCUCCGGUGAUUGGCACUAGUUUGCGGAACAGAGACCGACGUUAAAUAAAAGGAAUGAAGAAGAAGAACCUUGAUAUCCGACCGUGGUUAUUUCUGACAGA